UGACGGUCGGUUCAUCCGACGCGACGGAUCAGUUGCUCGUCCGACCAACAACGACAGAAACCUCGGGCGAACCGAACGUACGAUGAGCUGCUGUCGGCUUUGAUUCGACAUUGUCACGCUGUGCACCGCGAGAUGGGCCGAUGGAACGUUCGUGAAAUUCUUCGUUCGGGGAACAGCGAUUAAUCGUUGCAGGAUCGAUAGUUGGUCCGAAUUAUUCUACAAGCGAUUUUGAAGAGUAAAGAAACUCGAAGAGGAAAAUAUUUGGUAGACGACGUUCGAUUUUACAGAGAGGAAGAGAAAAUUCGAUAUCGAAUCCAAGAUUUCGCAAGAUCGAGGAUUCGUUUGUUCGAUCGGUGGUGUUUUUAAGCUAGUCUGUAAUCGGCGACUCGCUUUUGCAAUGAAGGGAAGGAUUGUUUUUCGAGAAAGAUGAUUUGUUCCAAGAUAUCGGACUUGAAGGCGGAAAUAAAUGGUAAAUCGUAAAAUACAAAUUUUACGAGAUUCGAUACUGAAUCGAGGAUUUUGACGAAUCACCGGAGACUUGGUGCUGUUGCAAAGUGGUUCGGCGAUUAGAGACCGAUAUUUCUAGAAAGUUCUCGAACAAAGAAGAUUAGAGAAGCCAAGAUAUCGGAUAAUAUUUAUCAAAGUGGGAUAUUGAAUUACAGAUUGCAAAGUUAUCUUACAAUCGAGAUCGACUCUCGCUUCUGCAAAGAGAAAAUAUACGCAAAGAUAUUACAUUAUUAUUAUUACAAAUAUUAGUUUGUGAAAAAUCGCUUCGGAAGUACGAAUGUACCAAAUCGAGGAUGAAAUUAUCCGAGAUUCGACGAUGUUUCUACGAAGGAUAAAGAUAUUCCGUGGUCGUAGAUUCGCUUUUACAAAGAAUUCGGGCAAGAAAAUUGAUAAUUGAUCGUUUGAAAUAAGAAAUCUCAAGACGUAGAAGAGUGAUUUGACGGGUUUCUGAGACAACAGAAAUUUACACUCGAAUAAGCGAAUGGAAUACGAACGAUCGGUGAAUCACUGUAGACGCGAUAGCGAUCAGUAAGUAGCUCUAUUCUGUAAAAAAUUCAAGAAAGAAGAAACGUUCGAUCUGAGUCGAGUUUGAGAACGCAGAGCGAUCUCGAUGUAAAAUUUCGUGGGAAAGUAAAUUAACGAUAUAGAAGAAACGUUCGUUUCUUAAUGGUACCUUAUAUAAAUGACAAAAAGAGACCUACGAAAUGCUCGGAAUACACGUUGUUCCGAAGAAUAUUAAUUUAUAACAUGGGACAGGAUAAUCUUCUUCGGUUCCACUGACCUGAUAUUUCCACCAUCGUCUAUAAAUUGCAGUGCAAGGAACUGUACUUAAAGCAAGUUGUUCAAUGUUCAAGUAAAAGACCGAUGGAAGCGAAUCUUUGGAAAGUAGGAAGACGCGUUAAAAGAUGGUCUUUGAAUGGGGGGCAAUUGGACGUAAAAUUUCAAGAGGAAUUCGACGGUUAGCCAGCGAUGGAAGCUUCUUUUGCCGAUACUUUGCGAAUGGGCCGUUAAAGAAUUCCCAGGAAUACCUUUGAAGCUACUUUUCGCUGUGUCGAAACGCGCUGCUUUUCAAGUUCCCGAUUAAUUGUAUUAUUUCAAAUUCACUGUAAACCCGUCUUCGAAACCGUCUAUCCGAAAAUCAAAGUACAUGGAUGAACAAUUGGUGAAAUGGUUUUUAAAAUGUCUAUCUGUUUUCUCGAAUAGACCAGUUGAACGUAAUUUAAAGAAACGGACAUUUCUAUAAGAUUUCUAUGAGAUUUCGAUCGUAUCGAUCGGUGAAAUAAUUUUAAAGUGGACGAGAAAACAUUAGUUGCGAUACUUUAAGAAAGAAGGAGCGACCAUCCUGAAACGGUAUAAAACAAUUACGUUGUCCAUGUUAUUUUUUUGAAACGGACGAUACUUUGAGUAAUUUCCUCUAAAAACUUCUCUCCGGAUAAUAAUAGUCGCCGGAUAAGCGACGUUAUCUUGGAAACAAUAUUUUCCCGAUACGUAUGUACCUUGUUAGAGACGAACAUCGAAAUUUCUUUGAUCGAUGCUUUUUACGAAAAAGUCGUAAAAGUUGAGAGAUUGAAUACUCGAAAGAAUGCGAGAGAGUUGCUGGUUAAGAAGGAAAUCUUCGUAUUAGCGAUGAGUUCUUUAAAGAGAUCGACAAACCAAUCGACGAGGGAGGGUGCAACAGGCAGGAGACACGCGCUCACCGGAAGUAGCGCCAAGAGUAUGAGAAACGUUCUCCACGCGACCACCGCCGCGCCUGGUUCACCGCUUCGACACAGAUCCAAAUACGAAUUGAGGAGCAUCAGUUUGGAGGGCACCAAGGUUUUACCAUGGACUGCACGAUGCAGCACGGAUGCCAUUUCGAGGCGGGGUGUCCUCUCCAGGCGAUAUUACGGCAGCGUGGAAAUGCUGCCACAAAUGGAGCAAGACGGGUCCGACAAUGGAAGAAGAUUUCGAGUGGAGAACGGUGAUUCGCCGGGCGAGAAAGAAGAAAUGUUCGGAUCACCGAGUACGCCGAUAUUGGAAAAUCCAGAGUACCAAACGCGCUGGUACUUCAAAUACUUUCUCGGAAAACUGCAUCAAAAUUACGUUGCUGCGGACCAAGAAAGGAAUCCCUUGUUUCUAUCGGUGGUGACGAGCGAAGUCAGCGAUCAAAGCGUGCCGCAUUACAGAGUUAUUUUAUGGAGAAAAACUGGCGCACAGAAGAUAUCGCUGCCAUACUCUGCGAACAAAACGAUGACGAUCAGGCAGAUCUUGAGCAAUUUCUUUGGUCUUGAGAAACUCGAUAAGGCUCCGCGCGAGAUUUUUUCCCCCGAAAUUCAAAAGGAUCUGCUGUUGCUGGAAGAGCAAGAGGGUUCCGUCAACUUCAAGUUUGGCGUGAUAUACGCGAAGAAAGGGCAAACGACCGACGACGAAAUGCUAUCCAACGAGAAGGGUAGUCCAGAUUUUGACAAGUUCCUGGAAAUUGUGGGCGAGAGGAUAGAACUGAAGAAUUGGGACAAGUAUCGAGGUGGUUUAGACGUAAAAGGCGACAUGACUGGCAACGAGAGUUAUUAUACGGUGUACGCGGGACACGAAGUGAUGUACCAUGUGAGUACGAUGCUUCCCUAUUCGAAGGACAACCCGCAACAAUUGGAGAGAAAGCGACACAUCGGUAACGAUAUCGUUAACAUCAUUUACACGGAUGACUCGAACGCCAUAGACACUUUCAACCCAAACUGCAUCAAAAGUCAAUUUACCCACGUGUUUGCCGUGGUAUCGGCCGAAGAAAACGGCAAAGGAUGGCGCGUGGCCAUUUACUGCGACGAAAACGUUCCUCUGUUUGGCCCGAGCCUUCCAUGCCCGCCUGUGUUCGAGGACCCGUACACCCUGCGAGAAUUUCUUCUCGUCAAGUUAAUAAACGGCGAGAAAGCCACGUUCAACACGCCAACGUUCGCUCAAAAAAGGGAAAGGACCCUGGACGCUCUUCUUCGGGAUAUGUAUCAAGAACACUCGCAGGAGAGCAAGAGCAACAGUAUGUUAAACCGACGAGCAUUGUCGGAUGUCGUGGAGGCUCCAGGUCGACGUCGCGAGGAGACCCGUGCCGUGGAGAUGGUGCGCGUCGGACAGGCCCUGAAACUCGAAGCGAUAGUCAGAGGUUUGGCGCCAACUUCCUUGGCCACUGCUGGUCCUUUGAAGCCUAGACCGUGGGAGCCGAGGUGUAUCUAUCCGGAUUUCCCGCACGAAGUCGUAUGCGGGGACGUUUGGCUGGAUAACAAGCUGAUCUUGGCUACCGAGAAUGGAACUUUUCUGAUCGAAGACAGUUUAUCGCACAGACUGAUCUUCGACGAGUCCGUGCAAAUUAAACAGCUAGACGUGGUCGAGCAACACGGAAUAUUGUUGUUUCGAGCCGGUGACAAAGGAAAAGAUAGCAACGUGUACGUUUUUCGUCUAAGAGAAUUCGAGAAUAGCACGACGAGUAGGUCUGCCGAAAUUGCAAACGAUCGUGAAGACGAUCAAGAGUGCGAAGACAAUGGCGACGAGGACGAUGCGGACGACGACGGCGACGAAAGCGAAGAAAACGAUUGCGACAAUUUCACGCGAGCCACUACAAAAUUUAAGCCCUUGAUUCGUCGUACUCGUGUUCGUGUUCGUCCCUUGGCUGUUAGAGGACGAGCGCAUAUAAAGGAAAGAAGACUACCUAGAACUCGGGGCUGCCAUUUAUACACCGUUACUAUGCCUGGUGGCUCUCAUUUGCGCAUGUGCGUAGCGGUCGGCCGACGUUUGAUAGUUUUCCAAUGGAAACAUAGCGCCGCGUGGACCGCAUGGUGUUCCGCUACGGACACAGACACCGUGGAAGGAUUUUUGCAUUUGAAGGAGUUGAACGCCAGCGAAUCUCCGACGUUGCUAACGAUAGUAGAAAAUACAGAUUCGAACAACGAAUGGACGCUUUGCUGCGGUGUCCGACAUCAUUUUGAAUUGAUCUCAGCUUCUGGAAGCACGAGAAUUCUUCACAUCGAGGGAACACCGAAACCACACGUGGUGGCUGCUUUGGACCUCUGCGAAGACGAAGAACCCGAAUUGUUACUCUGCUACAACAAAUUAUGGUUAAACGGAGGAAGAAUUGGUGGCAGCGAUGCAACAACGACGUGGUCGAUCGAUACUCGCUUACCUGCCUUUCUUACCGCAGAUACGUGUCACUUUCAAAAACUCUUAGAAGAGAAUACCGUAGCAACGGAAUUCGAUUUCAACUGGAAUUCCGUUCCUGCGGCAAUAGCCUGUGCCUUCCCCUACGUGAUCGCCUUUACCAACGACACCAUGGAGAUACGAUUGAUAAUCAAUGGAAAUUUGGUGCACACGAUCGCCAUGCCAAACCUGAAUCUAAUCACUUCGAAGCAAGACAUCUUCUUCGCCACAACGGCUCCGGAAUUUCUGCCUGGAAAAUGCGAAAGAAUUCGCCUGGACUCGAAACCCAUGGACAAGGAAGAACCGGUUUCCAGUCCGCCUCCUUUCCCCCAAUCUUCUACGUCUCGAUCCAAUCAGCAAAACAGUCAGGGCGACUGGAAGCCGAUAAGAAUCUACCAAAUACCGUUGCAAACGUUAUCGAGAAGCAGCUUGUCAACGUGCUCGCAACGACGCUGUCCCAGUCCUGCCGAGCCAGAAAUCAUCUCGGCGCCGCCGACCAGCGACAAGAGUUUCCUCAGCGUUGAGCCUCACAGAGCGUUGAGCAGAUCGUGUAGCAGCAGUCCAACGCCAUCGCCGACCAACGUGCUUCCGCCUCGACUCAGAAAAUAGGCUGGAUCGCUAGCGAUCGCUAGCGACACUCGCUCCUUAUUAAGUUAAUCCCGUAACCUUUUCCAUAUCUAACCGAUGAAAAAUGCGCCAUUUUCUUUUUAACGCGUUUCUUAAUCGUUUCUUAGCUGUAUAACGAUAGAUGUUUUUCCAAUACUCUACGUCUUACGUUCUUGCUGCGUUUAGUAACUUACGUUUAAGUUACGAUAAAGCGUAAAACGCAAGAUAGGAAAAGCACGUGUCUUCGUAAAUACGAAAAUGUGAUUUCUAUUAGUACAAAAAGUUGCAUGGUUGAUCGAGCGUGCCUGCUAUUUAUUAAUAACGUCGUUGGUAAUAAUCGUCGUUGAUUGGUUGCGAGCGCAUGAGCGCCGACGGCUGAAACAAAAUUUCCUUUAAACUCGUAUAAACAACGUAUAAACGACCUUCCUUCCGACAGAUCGCAACUGCGAUCGCCUGAAGCUCGUGCCUCGAUCCAAUUGUAAAAGCGACGACGGAUCGUGCACGAUUCGGUGCGUUUCAUCUGUAGCUAGAAUUUACUGCCGUUGCAAAGAGCAAUCGAGAUAAAAUACACGUACGCGCGCCGUUUCUUUCUCUUCUUUUACAAUUAGACCGUUUAAUUAACAGUUUUACAAUUUUUAUGCGAACCUGACUUUGUCCGCGUUAGCGUUUAUUCGAACGUUGAUCGAACCCAGAUCAAAUUUAUGUUUCUAUCGCGUUGGAAAAAUGUUAGAGAAAGAGUUGGAAAAGUAUCGGACGGCGGAUAUUUAUGCAUUUGUGAGAGAUUUAGAAUCGCGGAGAUACGCAGCAUGGGUAGGAAUGAGCGACAGGCAGAAAUAUUACAAAUGCCAAAAGUAAAUGCAAGUUAGAACGUGCCAUCUUUGUUUUUCCUCGUUUCGCCUAAAAUAUCUAGUCGUAUAUAUUAUAAUUAUAGACGUAUAUGAUAUAAUACGAUAUGAUUGCGACGUAUCUUGAGAAAUGAAAAAAUGCCGGACAGCUUGUUUCGAUCAAGGAGAGAGCGAUACGACGCUUGUUGUAAUUUAGCCACGUUCCUACAAAAUUCACGCUUCGCGAGAUACGUACAAGCACACACAAGCGUCCAUCGAUUCGAUUCAACGUACGGAGAACGAAACGUACGUAAGUGUAGGAAUUACUCUACAAACUGGUUUCUAUAUCAUAAACGUAAACAACGAAAAAAUAUGUUUUUUAAAUAAACCUAUACGAAACGUAUUUGUUUUAACGACGUAGUAUCCGAGGAAAUAAUUACACAGAGUGUCCCGUUUCAAGUUUCGCAGACUAUAGCUAUAUUUGUCGUUAUUCGUCAAACUAUAGAAACACAAAGCUUAUCGGCUGUUUCAGUUUCUACGAAAUUACGUCUACGACGCGAUUUCGUUCGCUGCUCGUGAAAGAAGCGUUGAUCUUGAUAAGUUCUUGUUGCAAAUACGAAAAAUCACUCUAUACCUAUAUAAUAAUAAUAAUAAUAAUAAUACUAAUAAUAAUAACAAUAACAAUAGCAAUGAUAAUAAUAGGUAGAAGAAUGUUUAGUACGAGACAAGGCACCGGAUAACAAAAUGCCCCGAUAGUACUAGCACGAUGGUAAUAAAUAAUAAAUAAUAAAUAAUAAAUAAUAAAUAAUAAAUAAUAAAUAAUAAAUAAUAAAUAAUAAAUAAUAAAUAAUAAAUAAAAGUAGAAACUGAAAAGAGAAUGAUACGAAAUUUUACGUAUAGUUGGAUCUGAUCGUAAAAAGUACGUGUAAAGGACUCGUGUAAAUCGCUAUAUAUGAUAAAUAGUACGUACAGUGUAUUUUGACGGGGUCUCGUAACAUACAAGUUUGAUUAUUCUGAAAAUGUUAAUGUUAGAACGUUAAAGCGUUAUCUUAACGACAAAGUCGAAGAGUCUGCAUAAAUAUCCGCAGUCCACGUGUUACUUUUAUUCCUUUCUCGUCUUAUUCGUAUUUACUCGGCUUUAAAUUUCGAUCAAGGGUUAUUUAAAAGCUGAACUCUUUACGGAGAACUGGUAAAAUCAAAAUGAUAUACGCGAUCUAAUUUAGCCGCUUUACGAGAAUUAUUUUACCGACUUAUCAACUCGAGCGAACGAACGAUAAAGAGCAAAGGAUUCUCGUCGCUUUCAAAGGUUUUUCAAGGUCUACGCGCGAGUUGUACCAAGUUUUACGAUUACUUUUACGCAAUUCGUAGAUAACUUAUACGUCGAUGGUCUCGUUCGAUGGUUGUCGUGACGAAUUACCUCUGCCGAUAAUUACAACAGGUACGAUAGGAGCCACGGUUAAUACGUAAAAGGAUAAUUAAAGAAAAUGUACGCCGUUAAAUCGCCUAGCGAUUUCUAUAUGUAUGUAUUUACCGCAAAUAAAAGGAAGAUGAUAACCUAUUAAACGUUCAUAUUUAAACAGAAAUUUGCUAAUUAUGCGAUCCGAUCGAACAACUUUUCUUCUGUAGGUAAUUUUUCAUUCGGACGGUAUAUGUAUAUUUGUCGUACAGUCGACCGACUGUCGAAUCGAAGAUGGACUCGUCGAAUUAUUAUUAUUGCAAACCGUAUUGCCGACUGCAUAUUUAUCUGGUUCAGCCUACGCUAUGUUUAUUUAUUUAUACGAUAUUAAAAAUGAUUAUCGCGUUGAUAAGUUUAAGAUUAAGCUAGGUUGGCCUAUGUGCGUCAAAUGUACAUAAUCUGUCGUAAUAUAAAAAUGUAUUCGAUGAAUUUGA